AUGCAGACGCCAACUUUGAACUUCAUCUGUCCACGUCUUCUGGAUUAUCUUGUUGUUGUUGGUCGAAACGAGAACACUGAUUCGUGUCUCCCAAAACACACACCCCAGCUACUUAGAUGCUAUCCCAACACAAAUCACAAGGAUUUUGAGCUUCCAAAGGAAGUUGUUUUCUUUUGUCAACCAGACGGCUGUUUAAUUUCCAACAGGAGUACUGCUGAUCUGGGACCUGAAUCUUUUAUUUUCACACUGACCGAUAAGGAUACGGGAAAAGUUCGUUUUGGAAUCAGUCUCAACUUUUUUCGUCUCCUCUGUGAAGACCAAAGUGAUAAGCGGUCAGGGAAUGAAGUCGGACAAGUCAGGACAGAACAUUCGGCGGCUUCAGCAGGAAAUUGGGCCUCAUUAACAACCUUUUGCCUAAUCAGCCACCAUCCCUUCUUUUCCAAGUUCCGUAAAUGUCUCCACUUGCUGAAGCAUCUGGUGGAUUCAGCACAAUUAUUCCUGGACCGCACCACCAAUCCCAGCCAACCAGGACAAGUCUGGUCGCUAAUGACCGGUGGUGUUACCGGCCAGACGGCAACGGAUGCAGUCUGCCAGCGUCUUUUUGCCGAAAUAGAGACUUGGAUAUAUCGAAUUUUGAGCACACCUGCCCCAUUACCUGAACGCAGCUGUGUCUACCUUUCAGCAGUGCCGGAUUCCAUUGACCCACCUCUUAUUUUCGCUCUCCCGGACAAGACUCGACUGACGCUGGUCGACUUUCCACUUCAUCUGCCACUCGAGCUGCUUGGUGUUCAGACAUGUCUGAAAGUAUUGACUGCCAUAAUGCUGGAGCAGAAGUGCUUAAAUGCGAUGCAACCAGAUGGAAGCACGAGGGCUGAGAUACUGCCAGGUUGCCUAGGCCUAGAAAUGGGAAGUCGAGCUGCAGAGGUCGGGUUCGAAGCAAAAACCUUUCGUUCAGUGAUUCUUCAGUCAAGAGACUAUAACGCACUCACGAUGUCUGUCAUGGCAUUCACGGCAAUGCUUUACCCCCUGCAGUACAUGUUCCCCGCGAUUCCGCUUCUACCAACCAAUCUGGAUGGAGCGGAGAACCUUUUACUCUCACCUACUCCGUUCCUGAUUGGCAUUCCGGCCAACUUUUUGAGUCAGAAAAAAUCCUUCUACAUCCCACCUGACGUUUGGCUAGUGGAUUUGGAUACGAAUCGAUUGAUGGGCAGUUCGAGUCUGGACCCAAUACCACCGCUUCCUCAAAAAGAAGGCCAGGAACUAGUCCGACAUUUGGAGCAUGCUCUGACAAGUAUGUCUUCUGAAAGGCCAAGACCAGAUGACCAAAGUGCAGCCGGUCAGAGUCAGCCAAGUGAGAUUGACCUACAAACUGCUGUGGAUGACGUUGACUCAGUUGAUGUUGCUACUCGCGUGGCAAUGGUACGAUUCUUCGACUCACCGAAUGUACUGGCUAACUUGAGUGAACACACGCGCAACGUUCGACUGUACCCGAGGCCAGUGGUAGCAUUCCAGUAUUACUCUUUCCUCAAGUCCCGUCAGACGCUGACACCGUUCAUUCGACGACUUGCACAAACACAGGCCGUGGAGUUUUUAUCCGAAUGGAGUAUCUACCCGGAAAAUGAGGUUUUUCAACGAAUACAUGCGGGGAUCACUGACGCCUCACUGAUCGGUGAUAAAGCAAAAUGGUUUGCAUCUGUGCUGCCACACAUUCCGUUUGAUGUCUGGGUGGAAGACAUCUUUGCCUGGUUGACGGCCGCUCUGAAAUACAAUUCAAAUGGGGACAUAAAGAGACCAACCUACUCCGCUGACCUGCCCAAUCCUGCUUCGUGCUACUCGCCACCUCUGAGUGUCGAAGAGCAGCUUCAGCGUGCCAUGAUGCCCAAGGUAACUGUGAGGACGCGUAGGAAGACAAGACCCACCGCAGCCGCCCACCAUUCAAUCGACAAUGCGUCAAUAGACCUGCCCACGGAUGCUCGUUCACUUGCACCGCAAGCAACAAUUGAAAAUUGGUCACAGUUUAUGGAUUCAUCGGGCGAAAGUUCGUCAGAUAUUGACGACACCGAUAUUUGGGAUUUGAAACAGGAUGUUCAAACCGGUAAAAUGGAUGAUGAAGAAAAAAAGGAUAACGAAAGCGACAAAAAA